AUGGUAUCAGAGUCGCGGUAUCGAGGUGGGGGCGUGGCUAUUCCCUGCUAUUUCUCCGCCGCCAAGCUCAAACAUGAAUGGAUGAAAAAGGGAUUCCAACAACUCUUCAAAGCAAGCAAAACCCACCGACGCAACAGGAGAGCAAAACCAUACGCUUCGCAAAUGGCUUCCCAAAACCCUAACCCUCCAAUAUCCGAGAUAACACCUGGCCUCUUCAUCGGCGAUGUCGGGUCUUCAUGGAACGCAAACGGUCUCCGGCAGCACCAGAUCAAAUCCAUUCUCUCAGUGAACGACGAACCUACCGCCAUGUGGCGCCGCGCCAGUUUCACCAGUAUCAUAACCCAAGACCGCCACCUCAAGAUGUUCUGCCUCGAUUCUUCCCACCAAGACCUCCUGGUCCAUAUGCGCCGCGCCUGCGAGUUCAUUGAAACCUCACUUGCCCAUGGGGGGGUUCUGGUGCAUUGCGUACAGGGUGUCUCGCGCUCCACAACGUUUGUGAUUGCGUAUCUGAUGCGCCGGGACCGGCGCGGUUUGGACGAGGUGUUGGCGGAUGUGAAAUUGAAACGGAAAGUGCGACCGAGCGAAAAUUUCAUGACGCAGCUGGGUUUGUGGGGUCAGAUGGAAUAUGAAAUCUGGGAAGACGAGGAGAAGAAGGUGCCGAAAGCGCCGUAUGCCAAGCUGUUGAAAGAAAAGGGUUUGACGGCGGUGCUGCCUCCGAGCGCGGCGGAGAUCGCGUUUGGGUUUUAA